AUGGCGUGCGUGGAGCGCUGCUGCCGCUGCUGCGCGGAGAGCCGGCGGCACAGCAGCAUCCUCUACAGCAUCCUCCGCAGCGAGGAGCGGGCGGUGCCGCCCGCCGGACCCGCUCCCCGGGGCUGUCCCUGCGGGUCGCGGCGGAGGGUGGCCCUGCGGAGCCCGCAGGUGGCUUGCAAAGCGGCCUCGGCCGUGCUGGUGAARACGCUGCGCUUCGUCCAGAACGUGCCCUGCUUCCAGGAGCUGCCGCUGGAGGAGCAGCUGCUGCUGGUCCGGAGCUGCUGGGCGCCGCUGCUGCUGCUGGGGCUGGCGCAGGAGAGGGUGCACCUGGAGACGGUGGAGAGCGCGGAGCCCAGCAUGCUGCARCGCAUCCUCACCGCCCGCCGGCAGGGCGAGCAGCCCCCGCCGCGGCCACCGCCACCGCCGCCGGGCCGGCCACACCUCGCUCCAUCCCUGCCCUCGGCCGGACACAUCCAGGCCAUCAAGGGCUUCCUGGCCAAGUGCUGGAGCCUGGACAUCAGCACCAAAGAGUACGCUUACCUCAAGGGGACGGUGCUCUUCAACCCGGAUCUACCUGGACUGCAGUGUACACAGUACAUUGAAGGACUGCAGAGAGAAGCACAACAAGCUCUAAAUGAACAUGUCAGACUCAUUCACAGAGGUGAUGAAGCCAGAUUUGCCAAGCUGAAUGUUGUUCUAUCCCUGUUAAGGUCUAUUAAUGCUAAUGUGGUUGCUGAAUUAUUCUUCAGGCCCAUCAUUGGAACRGUGAACAUGGAUGACAUGCUUUUGGAAAUGCUCUGUGCAAAAUUAUAAAGGUGUAUAAAAUAAUGAAAGUAAAUCCAGUGCAAAGGAAGUUCAAGAGCAGGAUAGUGUAAAGUAUUGUAAAUAAACUAACUUAUUGUUUUUACAUAGAUAGUAUUUUUGUAUUCCAUAAUAAAAUAUUCUUCAAGUUCUAAAAUUAAUUUUUAUUAAAAAAUKGUGGUUUUGGAAUAAGGUUAYRGUCAUCWAAACAAGCUUUAAGGUUGUGGAGAAUGUUCAUAUCCAAAGUGAACUGGCUAUUCUUCUACUAUGUCUCUGAAUAAAGAACAUA